AUUAAACGUCAACUUACGUGCACAGAGGGAAUCACGCUAAGAACGUGACAAUUGACAGGAAAAGCUUAAACAACCAACUGACAGUUGGGAUCCAGUUGAGCAGCGUUGGGUAGCUGUUCACGUAGGUAAUAAUUGUCUUGCAAGAAUGUCAGAGAUUCUCUGCGCUUCGACCAUGACCUUACUGACAUUUGACUGGAAACCGAGUCGUUAACGCGUCUCCAUGCCGGAAUACAUUGACAAGAUGGCGAUGGUGUCCAUAUCCGCUAGGUCUUGCCAUAGGAAAAACUCUGGCAAGCGGAGCUCUGGGCCAUUGAAAAUUGGAACAUGGAACGAAACCACAACACGGACUCAUGAAUAUGUUAAAUGUGAAAGGGCAACAUGUACAAUUUGAACGUGAAUGUGAAUCCCAGUUCGACGGCUGCCGCGGGUCUGCUUGGCGUCGCGGCGGCCGAGGUCACUCCAAGGACACCGGAAAUCGUCAACUCUCUUAUCGCCAUGACCAAUCCCUUCGAGGGAUACUCGAAUGAGAAAAGUCGGGAUCGCACGGAUUCUAUGAGCAGCAACGAACCGAGUCCGCCCAGCGUUCAGCACACCUGCAGUCAGCUUAUAAAAGAAGGGUUGAAGUUGACACUUCAGACGAAGAGGAGGGCCAACGGGAGCAGCGAUGAGAGUAAGAAAAAGUCGCGGAAGGAGGAUGGAAGUGCGGACGACGAGGAGGAGGAUGAGUCCAGUAAUAACAGCACACGAGGCGGUCUGACCCCGGAGGACGAGGAGAGACGCCGUAGACGACGGGAACGGAAUAAAAUCGCAGCGACGAAGUGUCGUCUUAAGAAGCGAGAGAAGACUGUCAUCCUGGUACAGGAGUCUGAGAUCCUCGAGACCCAGAAUCACGACCUCAAGUCUCAGAUACAAGAACUGGAGACUCAGAGGCGCAGGCUCGUGGACAUGCUCAGCCUGCACAGUCCGACGUGUCUGAAGCAGGGCGGCUCGACGGACACCUCCUUUCAGCAAUUUGCUGAACCGUUACCACUGCCGAGCUAUCAGGAGAACUUUGCACCCCCGGCUCUCAAUCAACCUCAGAAUUGCGUCACGGAGUAUCCCGUAAAGGUCGAAGGUUAUGACGGUACGACGCAGGAUUUUUAUCGACAAAAUAGUCCAUACGUGCCGACGUCGGAUGCCGGUUGUACAGUCUAGUAGUUGUACUCGUAUCCUAGUACUCUACCUGGGGACACGAUGUCCUGGUUACCAUUGAAAUACCGGUCGAAAAAUCACUAAGCUCUCUCUACGACGGUCCAUCUGUUUCAUUCUGUAAUCUCUAGUGAUUCGUAUCGAUCGACUUUUUUUUCUCAUGCUUCGUGAUAUGUUCUUUUCUCUUUUCACGAUUCGUCUCUUUAUCUCUCUCUCUUUCUCUGUCUCUCUCUCUCUCUAUCUGCAUGAAUCAAUGCUAUCAUACCAGGACAUACUUUUCGACGGUUUGCACGAUGUAUCGAAAUUAGUUGUUUUACCACUGUUUUCACAAGCGUAGAGCUGAUUGACGCGACGGAAGGAAGGACAAUGCAUUCCACGUUUGUAUUAAAGAAAAGAAGAAGAAAAAAAUAUGAAUAAUCAGAUUAUCGAAGAUCGGUUCAUUGUUUUGUUUGUCUGUUUGAUAUUCAGAGAUUCUCGAGAGGUGCUUCGGUCGGCAGGUGCACACGUGCACGUAGGGAUUACCAGCUUCACGAUUCGAUGGAAAUCAGCAAGAGACGAUCGCGCCUCUUAUCCUGGUAGCCAGCAUCCGUCCCCGAUAUUCUUAAGCACUAGCGAUAAGUUCUUUGCGAUACUUUGAGUGAGAAUAUCCGUUUCUCUCUGACUCUUGGACUUUCUCUCUAUACCGUUAUUGUUGUUUUUCUUUUUCUUUUCCUCUCUUUCUCUCUCUCUCUCUCUUUCUCUCUCUCUCUCUCUCUCUCUCUCUCUCUCUCUCUCUCUCUCUCUCUCUCUCUCUUUCUCGUUUUCUCGUGUCUCUCACUCCGCCUCGCAUUUUUCUGCCAUUCAACUCUCGUAUUUUCCUUCUUUAAAUUGGCUCGUUGCACACUUUCCAAAAGAUAAAAAACAAAUGCGAUCGAGGAAGAGGGACACGCGUGCACUAUUACGUGUGCACGAAAUAACGUACGCGACGCAUCUCUGUCAUGCGUACAACAGACGUGCGCACCACUCUAAAACAUUCCUUCGUAGUAACUCUACUGUGACAUUCUUAAGGCCUUAAAAAAUAAUUGAUACCGUAGCGUAGGCGUAUGCAACCUUCGCGAUCUCGCAUGGAGGCGAGUUUCUUUCUUUCUCUUUUUUUUUUUCAUUUCUUUUCUUUUGUAUUUAUACGGUUACACGUUGCGCCGCCAUUGUAUGACACUUUCGGGAGGUUCGUCUCGACGACAAUGCAAUUGUCGUUGCUCGAUUAGAUUCUCGGGCUCAGUUUGCUCUCUUACCACCGAUGAUCAAAAUCAUUGAUUGAAAUACGAAUUGCGGUGGGCAGGGACGCGUGGGGACGCCCGUGGGAUCGCGAAGGUUGCGUGAUUUAUUAAACGGAAUCGGGACGACCUGAGAUAUCGUUUCGAGUAAGUGCAGGACAUUACUUUAUCUAACGCAUACGAAGUACUUCUCGAUUCCGCGUGACGAAGUACAUACCCAGUGUAUGAUAAUACUUGUUGAUAUAUAUAUAUAUAUAAUUAUAUAUAUAUAUAUUUUUUGUUCAAUUAACGAUUAAUAAUCGUGCCGCCGCCGCAGCCCCCCUCCCCAAAAAAUGCGUACAGAGGAUACUUAUAAUUAUAUUGUAUUACGAUAAUAUUUAAUAAUAAUUGUUACGUACACAUACCUUUAUAAUCUGUUAAUGUUUAAUGGACAUUUAAUUAUGACGAUUAAGCGUAAUAUUCGUUAAGGAGAGAUAUAAAUGAAGAACCACGUGCCUAACAAACAUACCUCAAUGUUACUUGCGGGUAGUUACCCCCCUCCCCCCGAGAUCUUUUCGCGUUGUUAUUUAAUGAUUUUUUCAUUAUUAUUAUUAUUGUCGUAGUACGAACGUUUUUACUGCUUAGCAACUAAAGUGAAAAUAACGUAAUGCAAUUACAAUGCGGCAAGAUUAGCAAGGAUCAUUGAAUAUGUUAAUGAAUGUGUUUGCUUUUGAAUUUUCAACACGCGAAAAUACCUCGGGCGACUAUUCGAGCGUUCACGUAAUUAACGCGAGUUAAUUUGAUUAUUGGAAGAACGCUGUAAUUAAGGAAACGCUUAAGGUCCCAGGACUAGACGCUUUUUUUCGGAGUGUUGUUGCCAUAGUAGUCGAAGCAACGUGAUAUCGUUUUUUUUUUUUUUGUUUUUUGGAGAUUCUAGAGAGAUGUCGAAUAAUAUGAAGAAAUAUAGAAACGUUGCAUCGUUCUCAUUAUCGUACGUGUGACGCAAGCGGACUGUAUGGCAGAGACAUAUUUUUAUCACGAAAAUAUUCCAAACACGUUCGCCACGUCGACUUAAAAAAUUUGUUAAAUAUGCUUCGUAGCUUUAAUGUUUCUCCCUAUCCUAAAAGUUUAAAUGGCUGAACUCGAUUCGACCGUUGAUCCAUAUUUGAAGUUCAGGGCGAUGGCAAAGAGUAAUAUGUCCGGGACACAACAAAUAUUUUAAAAAGAAAUGUCACGUUCAAUCGUAAUACUGCCAGCGCAAGUCGCAAAGCAUACUCUAGCUUUUAAGUGAUCGUAGAUUUUGAAUUUGGCGGCAUUAUGUAUAUAUAUGUUGUCCCGUGUUGAGUUAUCGUGAGAAAAUCAAGUGUUGCCUUUCCGUUCAGGUAGAUUGAUCUUUAAUCAACGUUUGCGAUGUUUUAUCUGUUUCGUUCAAGACUACGUAAUUUUAUUACGUUUUAAAUGUAAGCAUUGGUGUUUUUACGGUUUGUCGCGACGCACAAGACUUUUAACAAGUUUGAAAAUGUAUUUAGACGGUAUGUUCAUUAUUGUACUGUAGCAAUUUAUUAUUUGUACGAAAAACUAUCCUGUAAUUUAGAAAUGUAUUGGAUGUGGUAUGGAAACGCUGAUUUUUCAAGAUAAUUCAAUACAUGUGUAUUUUGGAAUUCCUCACAACUUCUAUGGAGGGAGAUAUUUUAAUGAGCGAUAUUUUAUGAUGUAUAAAUCUGUCAUAUUUCAAUGGUCGAAAGAGAGUUGGCGCGAUAUUAUUAAUACUUUUUCUAUACUCAGUACCUGGCUAUGGGUUCCCAUGCGAUAGCCAUUUUUCCAUGAAAAGAUUAUUAUUAACACGUUAAGAUUGAUAUUGGAAAAAUGGCUGGUGAAAUUUUACUAUUGUAACCUAAAGAAAAAUCUAUUCUUUAAAUAAAAGUGCCUUAAAUAAUAUUA